AGAAAAUCAUACUGUGUACUUUCAACAUUUCGGCAACGAAAUUUCACAAAUUCUUCUGCUCCCUCUGUUCUCCAGGUGAUUGAACAUACGGACAACGUGAUCGCUCAGGAGACGGAGGAAGCGGUGGCGGCGCUGCAGGUAGUUUCUGUGGUGUCCUUGGCACCGGUUGGCACGACGCAGACGGUGGAAACGUCUAGUCCGGACCCAAGUUCACCGCCCCUGUCUCCACAGCCGGCCGACAUGGUGCCGGAGGAGAUCAAGGAGGAGGAGGCUGGCCCAGGCUCGCCGAAGAUCGUGACGUUUGGCCAGAACCAGGUGUUCUCGGCGAUCGACGAACAGACUACCGGCGACUCGUUCUCCUCGUCGAGUCGUGUCACGUACGCCACGAGUACAGGCGAGUUUAAAAACGCGUCGCCGCAGUACAUCACCACCAGCCCUAGCAGGCCGUUCUCACCAGCUGCCGAACCGCAACGGCUACCUAGUGUCCUCGAGGCCGCAAUGAAGGCGGAACCGAAGGUUGAGGUUGAGAGGUUGCCGUCGCCCUCCAACACCCUGGACGACGGGUCACCGCAGGCGAGGCUCUACCUGGCCAACACCUCUCGACAGAACCUGGAGACGAUCGUGGAAGCGAUACGCCACCUAGAGGGAGAUCAUCUGUUCAGCGACGAGCCAGCGCAGGACGUGCCGCUGGCGUUGACCAACAAACAGACGGCGAACACGUCGAGCAAGUCGACGACAACGUCCGGCGCGUCGCCGACGGCGAAGCAACGGCUAUUGCAAGCCGAGUUCCUCCAGUUCCACAGACAGCAGCAAACCCAGCAGCGACCGGGCGUGAUCGUAGUGAAGCACUCGUGAUCGAAAGGCGCGCCGCGAUCAGCAAACUGAACGCGCGCGUUCGCCACGGCGAGCCCGGCUCCGCUCGAAACUGAACGAACGAUCGAGAACCCGCGACGCAUCGAGACAUCAGGAAGUACUCCUUCGAGAAGUGUGCACGCAGAGGGCGCGUUUUACGUUAUUAAAUAAGCCAGCCGAGAGAGAACGAUGAAAAAGAAGAAGAA